ACGUUUAAGAUUGUUUUGCGAUUAUGUAAGUUAGAAAAUCCAAAUUUGAAGACAUCAAUUACGCAGAAAACAAUAAUUUGCCGAAUCCGCCACGCACGCCAACAUGUUUUUGCUCAGUGUAUUUCGAUUACGAACAUGAACCACCAAUUCAAAGCACCAUCAUUCCAAAGGGCCACGGCAAAGCGAUAACGAAAAACAUCGCCGCAUCCGAAGCCGUGCUCGAGAGAAGAUCCUACACACACAUACCUAUCGUUGGCGGCAGCUGGGAUCAAUCAUUCGUCUUUUGCUUCGGUCACGCCAUUCGUCUUUGUUCGUUUCAUAGCGCAGCACGCGAAUCCGCGAGUGGAUAAAAUUGAAGCCUCUACUUGGAAAAAGUAAAUCCGUGCCGGGAAAAGGGUGCAAUUGCACGAAGCCUUGAUCUCGCAAUUGUGUUCCACAGGUGAGUGGGCAUUAGUGCCUCAUAAGGCCUGGCUGAUGUUCUUUUCAACACCAGGAAGCGGCAAAACCAGUCGCCGACCGGCAAUCCAGUCACCCGGUGGCGCAAAAGGAGGACAAUUUGGCAGUCUCUGGAGGGUCCAGUCGAUCCGAAGAUCCGAUACUUGCGGGCCACGAGGCCGGGAGCAGACGAGAGACGCCAUCUUGAGGGACAGCUAUCGUUACGUGGGGACAAAGGCCUUCAAGAAGAAGGCCUUUAUUUGCAGUUUUGAUUCUUCUCACGGAGGUGGUAUCGCUCUGCUCAAGCGGGACGGAAUCUCGGCACUGGACGAACGCGGGCAAGGGAAUCGGAAGAUCCGAGUGCGUCAAGCUUCGGAGCGCCCAGCAGAACACAUCAGCGAGCUCUCCCCCGGCACACCGUCCGAUCAUUUGGGGACUCGGCCGAACUCGCUUGGGAGACAGCUCAGCAACACAACCCGAGCACCGCGAUCACGGAUACGACCGGAUUCGGGGGACCGUAGACAGCCGACAAGUCGAGAGGCAACUUGGCGAGAAUUCCAGGUCUGGUUGUGCUUUCAGUCGGAUUCGCUCGGCGGAAGUACGAUCCAAGGAUAAUACAGCGGAGGCCAGCGGCGAAUAGGGUAGCUCCAGCGGAGUAAAUCCACGGAGCCGCCCGGGUCCGCUAAACGAGCUGCGAUCAGGGUGAGUGGACGUCACACACGUACUCACUCCGGUCCGACAUCGACUGGGCGCUCUCGACGGUACGACGUGGCACGGUGAGAAGCACCGGUGGGCCAUAUUCCCGACGGUUCGAGGACGAGUACGAACAGCGAUGAUGGGUCAGCGGAUGACCAGUGCGUUGGCGGCGGAGCGGCAUGGGGGACGCCCCAAGAAGAUAAGUGCUAGCAAUUAAGAUCAUAAUUUGGCGAUUGCCACUCCAAAUGUUUAGCUAGUAAGCCAAUAAGCUAGAGAGGAAGAUGGGCAGACCCAAAUAUAUGUAUUAAUCUGCGAUUUGAUGUUUUUGUGGUUUGCGUUGAGCCUUUGCCCUUCAGUGUUUGCGGUUUUUGUUCUUUAAGCCUCGCUAACGGUAUUUUGCUCUAUCCGCUACCGGGACACUUGCA